AUGGAGUCACGACCGAGAGCGAGCUCAAUCGUCGCCACAAGGCUAUGGAAGGUUGUGAGAAUCGCUUUCGUAAUGAUCAGGAAAGGGUUGAUGUCCAAGAGAAAUUCUAUCGGCGACAUGAUCGACAGGGCAAGGGACAGGAAGCUCAUGAGAGAAUCGCCGAGGAGUCUCAGCUUCAACCACUAUCACCACUCGAGGAAAAGGCGCCUGGUCGGGCUCAACGGGUACGAGUACGAGUUCUCCUGCAGCAACAGCCCGGACCAAGUCAUCGUCCCCUCGGCCAAGAACAAGACCCAAUUCUUCCCCUGCAUGAGGCUCCCUAAAGUCAUCGAAGACUUCGUGGAGGAUGAGCCCGUGUACCCCGAGAAGCUCGUUUUCAUGACGACGACUCCUGAGUACACGUUCAACAUCCAGAUCGAGCGACACAACCCACUCAAAUCGCCCUACUCGGUGAGGGUCUCUAACUUCUCAUCAGAUGAUGAGGGUGACGGGAAAUAUGAGCAAGUGGACCACAGGGCUGAGGAAUUCAUCGCGAGGUUCCAUGGCCAACUGAGGAAGCAAAUAGUUCACUAA